GUUGCUAGCGCCGCUGUGCCACGUCUUCCAUCUCGCCGACAUCUACGGCCACCCGCUGUGGAAUGCGGGCAAAUGUGCCAUCACCCCCCUGCGUGCGCCGCUUUCCGACCAGAUCCGCGACGCUGUCCAGACCUACCUCGCCAUGUUUAUUCCGGCCAGGGCUGGCUUCGCGAUCCUGGGCGAAG